CGCCCGGUGCCGCGUGCGCCCCCGCUCCUGGGAACCGGCCCGCUCCUGGGAACCGGCCCGCUCCUGGGAACCGGCCCCAUCCUGGGAACCGGCCCCAUCGCGCUCCUGGGAACGGUCUAGAUCCCGCGCUUCCCCCUGGCAGCGGCCCCGGGCAGAGCAGUGCAAGGAUGGCAUCCAUGGAAGAAAACUUUCCUCGAGGGGGCAUCCAGAAGAAACCUGCAGAGGGAAAAACACCCAAACCAAAGUUAGAGCGGGACAAUUUGUUUGAUGUUCAACAUGAAGAAAAAUCCCAGAAAAGAAAAAGGAGCCAGAAGGAUCAAGUAAAGCAGAAAAGGUUCAAGGCAGACAAAACAGCUGCUGUUAAAGACAAUAUUAUGAAUAUUGGACCACUCACAAUUGAGGUGCUCAGUGAGGGAAUGCUGCUCCUUGGCUGUAUAAAAGAGGUCAAUGACUACGACCUCGCCAUCAGUUUGCCCAACGGCCUCUCCGGAUUUGUGCCGGUCACGCAGGUCAGCGAUGCCUACAGCAAACUGCUGACCAAACAGGUGGCCCAAGGAGAACUCCUGGAGGAGUUGAAUUCGCUUCCAGAACUGUUUUCUCCAGGGACACUGGUCAGGUGCAUCGUGACCAGCAUUGAGAAAAGUGACGAUGGACGUCGCAGUGUCAAGUUAUCGAUUGACCCCAAGAAGGUCAACAAGGGCCUGAGCUCUACAACACUAGCAGUGGGCAUGCUGCUCUCUGGCUCUGUGUUGAGUAUGGAAGACCAUGGCUACCUCAUAGAUAUUGGUGUCACUGGAACUCAUGCUUUCCUGCCUCAUGAGAAAGCCAAAAAUUACAUCAAAGCAGUCAAGAAAGGGCCUGACUUGAAAAUAGGCCAGAACCUGAACUGCCUCAUUGUGGAAGUGAAGAAUGAGGGCAGGGUGGUCUGUUUGUCCAUUGAUCGAUCGGAGGUGGCUGCAUCCAUUGCCACAGAGCGACAGAACUGGACACUCUCUAAUUUAUUGCCAGGGCUGGUGGUGAAAGCUCGAGUACAGAAGGUGGCCCCACUUGGGAUGAAACUGACAUUUCUGUCUUACUUUACUGGCAUUGUGGAUUUCAUGCACAUGGACCCAGAGAAAUCCAUGAGCUAUUCUCCAGAUCAAGUGGUGAAGGCCUGUGUGCUGUCUGUACACCCCACGUCGAGGGCAGUGCGGCUCACGCUGCGCCCGCCCUUCCUGCACCCUGGGGGAACCCCACGCCAGCUCCCUGCCCAGCGCAUGGGGGCAGUGCUGGAGGAGGCCACGGUGAAAACCUUCUACAAGCAGUUUGGGGCCGUCUUUGAGCUUGAUGAUGGCACUCUUGCAUUUGCACGGUUGAAGCAUCUUUCAAAAACCAGAAAAUCCUUUAAACCUGGGGCAUUUAAGGAAGGUUGCAAACAUAAAUGUCGGAUCAUUGACUACAGCCUGAUGGAUGAGAUGUGUAUUGUAUCUCUGAAACAUCAGAUUAUUGAAGCACAGUUUCUGCAAUACCAGGAUAUCCACACGGGUGAUGUGGUGCAGGGCAAAGUGGUCUCUCUAAAACCCAUUGGGAUGCAGGUGAAAGUAGCUGAUGGGAUUAGAGGACUUGUGCCAUCCCUCCAUCUCUCUGAUGUGAUCCUGAAGCAGCCUGAGAAGAAGUACAACAUAGGAGAUGAAGUCAAGUGUCGGGUGCUGGAGUGCAAUCCUGGAGGAAAGAAGCUGAUCCUUACUCUAAAGAAAAGUCUCGUCCAAUCAAAGCUUCCAGUCCUCUCAAAUUAUGAAGAUGCAAAACCAGGCUUGAUCACACAUGGCUUUGUAGUGUGUGCAAGGGAAUUUGGCUGCAUUGUUAAGUUCUACAAUGAUGUCAAAGGUCUGGUACCCAAGAAUGAGCUGGGCUCAGAACCCAUAUCUUGUCCAGAUAAAGUCUUCUUUGAAGGCCAGGUUCUUAAAGUAAUGGUCUUAAAAUGUGAGCCUCAGCAGGAAAGACUCUUGCUGUCCUUCAGAUUAUCAAGCAAACCUGGCCCUGAGGACAAAUGGAAAUGUACUCCAAAGGAGAAACAGGAAGUGAAAUACCAAAUAGGAGAGAUAGUUGAUGUGAAAAUCUUGAAGAAGAAAGAUAAUGGGUUAGAAGUUUCCAUCUUAGAAGAUGAAGACAAUGUGGUAGCCUGGAUCCCCACGCUGCACCUCUCUGACUUCAUUGCUACCUCCAAGCUCCUGUGGCACUGUCUUCAAGAGGGAGAUGUCCUGCCCAGAGUUAUGUAUCUAAGUGACAAGGGAGAGCACAUUAUCUUGAGUAGAAAGUCUUCAGUGAUUUCUGCUGUACAGGAGGAGCAAGUUGUGAGAAGCUUCUCUGAAAUCCAGCCUGGCAUGCUGUUGACUGGUUAUGUGAGGAAUAUGAUGCCCUUUGGAGUGUUUGUGGAGUUUCCUUUUGGUGUGACAGGACUGGCACCUAAAGUGAGUAUGAGUGACAAGUUUGUGACAGACACCAAGGACCACUUUGUGGUGGGACAGACUGUGAUUGCAAAGGUGAUGAGCAUUGAUGAGGAGAAGCAGCGUGUGCUCCUCAAUCUGAAGGUGUCUGAGUGCAGCUCAGGAGAUUCUGCUGCAGAUAGCGUUGCCCUCCUGAAUCAAUAUUUCAAGGAGCUGAAAGAAAUCAAGGAGUUGUUGAGAAGAGGAAAGCCCAGCAUUUGUGAGUUGGUGCCUGGGAAGAGGGUGCAUCUGGUCGUGCAGGAUGUGAGGGAGGAUGGCUCAGCACUGUUCAGUGGCAGCCCUGUCAAAGGCUUGACUAUAACUGCCACCCGCUACCAUUUGGAAGACAAAAAUAUUUCUCCUGGUGAGAAGAGGAAGGCAUUUGUACUUCAUGUGGAUGCCCUCACAUCUGAGGUGCAUGUUUCUCUUCGGGAAGAACUGUUAAAGCAAAGACCCAAGCAACGGCUCCGAGAGAAUUCCCAGCACUCUGUGGUGGUGCAGCACAUCACAGAGCACUUUGCCAUCGCAUCUCUGCCGGGAGCAGGCCAGCUGGCAGCUGUCCCCAUCGCCUGCCACUUCAAUGACACCUUCCGCUUCGACUCAGAAAAGCUGAGGGUGGGACAGACAAUUUCUGUGACCUUAAAAGCAGUGAAGGAGAACAACCAUGGGGUCUUGUUAGCAGUACAAGGCCCAGCCAAGAAGAACGUUUUUGUAAGGAUGCAGAACGAGUCAGAGACCGUAUUAGAGGAGAUGCUUCCUGCUGUGAAGCACUCGCUCUCCCCGGGGGAUGUUGUUACUGGUACCGUUAAAUCCGUCAGACCGACCCACGUCACUGUUGCUAUUGAUGACAAGCUGACAGGUUCAAUCCAUGCAUCCCGGAUUCUGGACGAAGUGCCCAUAGGCUCUUUUCCAACUUCUACUCUGAAAACCGGACAGAAAGUGACCGCUCGAGUCAUUGGAGGCAGAGAUGUGAAUACUUACAGGUGCCUGCCAAUCACCCAUCCACACUUCACACAAUCCAUUCCAGAGCUCAGCAUUCGACCAAGUGAAAAAGAAGGAGAAUUCACAGCAUUGCUGAACCUUAAAGAAGAAAGUUCCCUCAAUAAACUUGGACUCUACAAUGUUGGGCAGACAGUCAUCUGUUUUGUAAAGAAGUAUAACAUGCUCAAAAACUGGCUGGAGGUAGAAGUCGCCCCCGACAUUCGAGGAAGAGUUCCUCACCUGCUGUUGUCUCUGAACACCAAGGUCUUAAAACAUCCAGAAAAGAGCUUUAAAAAUGGCCAGGCAAUAUCAGCUACAGUGACUGGAACAGAUGCCUCUGAAACAAACCUCUGCUUGUCACUUACAGGAAUUCACUCACUGGAGCCGGACACCAUCUCUGUAGGCAAGGUAACAAAGGUGACUCCACACGUUGGUUUGACCAUUGCGCUGCCAGGUGGGAAGACUGGCAAAGUCAGCAUCUUUCACCUGAAUGAUACUUACACAGAGGAUCCUCUGGGGAACUUCAAAGUUGGCAAGAUUGUCAGGUGUUACAUCCUCUCCAAUGAGAAUGAUAAAAUCCAGUUAUCUCUCCGGCAAUCUCGACUAAAUCCAAAGAUAAAAAGCAAAGUAGAGGAUAUUGAAAUAACAAGUAUUAAGGAUGUUAAAAAAGGCCAGCUAGUGAGAGGCUAUGUCAAAUCAAUCACUCCAUCAGGUGUAUUCUUUGGAUUGUCCACUUCUCUUCUGGGCCGAAUCCUGUUCCAGAAUGUUUCCCGAUACUUUGUACAGAACCAUUCCUUAUAUGAAAAGUACCUUCCUGAAGGAAAACUGCUCACUGCCAAAGUGCUUGGGGUGAAUAGAAAAGAAGAACAUAUUGAGCUCUCUCUCCUGCCUGAGGACACUGGGAUGCCAAGUGUCUUGCCUGAAUCCCUAGGCCUACCACAGUAUGGAACAGAGGAAGAGAAAAGAGAGGCAGAUGAUGAGGGAAAAAGAGAAGAGCCUAAGCUGAAGACAAAAAGGAGAAGAGGAAACUAUGAAAGUGGUCAGGAGGCAAAGCCAAAGAAGAGGAAGAUCUGCCCAGCAGAUGAAAAUGACAGUGGAAUUGAGGUGUAUUACCGUGAGGAGGAAGAGGAUGACCAGGAGGAAGAGGCAGCUAAAAAGAAAUCUAAGGUAGGGAAGCCUGGUGAAGCUCCCAGGUUGCAAGUUUCCAUGGGCUUCACCUGGGAUGAAGACAAUGCAAUGGAUAUACCUGUGGUGGAUCAGAAGGAAGAGAGCUCAGAGAGCGAGGAGGAGGAGGAUAUGCGGUCCAAGCUCAAGAAACGAACAAAGAAGGAGAAGGACCUGGAGAAGCAGAAGAGGGAGAAGGAGCUUUGCAAAGUAGAGGCAGCUCUAAUGGACCCGAGUCGGCAGCCCCAGUCAGCAGAUGACUUUGACCGCCUGGUGCUGGGCAGUCCCAACAGCUCCAUCCUCUGGCUGCAGUACAUGGCCUUCCACCUCCAGGCUACAGAGAUUGAGAAGGCCAGAGCUGUGGCAGAGAGAGCACUUAAAACAAUCAGUUUCAGGGAAGAACAGGAGAAGCUGAAUGUCUGGGUAGCUCUGCUGAACUUGGAGAACAUGUAUGGUAGUGAGGAGACACUGAUGAAGGUCUUUGAGAGAGCAGUUCAAUACAAUGAACCUCUGAAAGUCUUCCAGCAUCUGUGUGACAUCUAUGCCAGUUCUGAGAAGUAUAAGCAAGCAGAAGAAUUAUACCACACAAUGCUGAAGCGUUUUCGUCAGGAGAAAUCCGUGUGGCUGAAAUACGCCUCUUUCCUCCUGAAGCAAGGCCAGGCUGAGGCUACACACAGGCUUCUGGAGCGUGCUCUCAAGGCUCUGCCCACCAAAGAACAUGUGGAUGUCAUUUCAAGGUUUGCACAGUUGGAGUUCCAUUCUGGGGACACAGAACAUGCCAAGGCCCUCUUUGAGAGCACCCUCAGCAAUUAUCCCAAGCGGACAGACAUUUGGUCCAUCUACAUGGACAUCAUGAUCAAGCAUGGCAGCCAGAAGGAAGUACGAGACAUCUUUGAGAGGGUCAUACACCUGAGCUUGGCACCGAAGAAGAUGAAAUUCUUCUUCAAACGCUACCUGGAUUAUGAGAAUAAAUUUGGUACAGCAGAAAGUGUCCUGGCUGUUAAAAGAGCAGCACUUGAGUAUGUGGAGACCAAGAGUUCCCUUGCUGAUACCUAAGUGUGGUGCAAGUGAAAGCAGAGAGACUUGGCUUUCCAUGCAAUGUUGGAACUGGGAAGUGUGGAGUUCUUCCAUGACUGUCCAUGGACAGUGAGUUUCUGGAGAGUAUUGGUCUGUGACCAAACCUGCUUGGAAACAGCAAUCAAAUUAAAAGAUUUGAUAAAUGUUUGCAGCUUUGUCCAGAUGUUACAAAUAAUUUUGGUGUGUUGGUGACAUGUUUUUAAAUAAUAGACUGUUUUAUAAUCAAAAGAAA